AUGACUGCUUACAAGUUGUGGUGGUUUAGUGAUGUGUGUGACGACAAGGUGAAUGUGCAAGGGACACUUGGCAACUAUGGGAGGAUUUGGGCAGUCAGUCGACACUGGACACGCGUCGGGGCAGGGUCGCGAUUCGUGUAUUCUUUUAAGUUUUGCUUAGAAUUGCUGUUUUUUGCGAGAUUUCAAUAAAUCGUGUACUCUCU